AUGUCUGCACUGACUGCCUACCGGCAUCUCCUGCGAGCCGCCCGCAUUGCCUUCGAAGGUGACACUCGGGUCCUCGAUGCCGCGCGACAGCAGAUACGCGGCGGCUUCCGCGAAAAGGCCUCCCUGCCAUCAUCCGAUCCCUCCACCGCCGCAGCCAUCCAGCAUGCCCAGGAAGUUGCCGCCUUCUUGAAGUCCAACGUUGUCCAAGGCAAGAAGGAAGGCGAAGACCUGUAUCGCCUACGAAUUCACGACGAGACCGAACGAGGAGACAAUGACACAAUUAAAGUCGGUGGUGGCAAAACGAUCAAGAUUGAUGGCAAGAAGUGUACCGACAGGUGA